GAGAAGGUUGAGUGGAGUGUGUAAGUAGGGUUUGCGAUGUCGGAUAUAGGUAGCGGAGAUGAAGGUUCUAGUUCGCAAAAAUAUCACGGUAUGGAACAAGGAAGCGAGUAUGACUCAGGCCAGCAAGGUCAAGUUGAGCAGGAACUGGCCACAAAAAUGUUACAGAUACAGAGCAAGAGGUUUUAUUUAGAUGUGAAACAGAAUCGAAGAGGCAGAUUUAUCAAAGUUGCUGAGAUUGGAGCCGAUGGCCGACGAUCCCAGAUAUUUCUAGCCCUUUCAACUGCCGCCGAGUUUCGAGACCACCUUUCCACAUUUAGCGAUUAUUAUUCUUCACUUGCCGAGAAUGCUGUUUUAGGCCCACCCAAUCCCGACAAUGUGCCGGAAGAUGGCAAGCUCAAGAGCGAGAUGAUGAUCAAGGACAAUCGUCGCUACUACCUGGACCUGAAGGAGAACUCCAGGGGGCGUUUUCUGCGUGUAUCGCAAACGAUCACCCGGGGCGGGCCUCGGUCUCAGGUUGCGAUACCGGCGCAGGGAAUGAUCGAGUUCCGGGACGCUCUCACAGAUCUCCUAGACGAAUUUAGUACCGACGAGCACGCGUACAAACCCGACUUACCGGAAGGCAGACACAUGCACGUCGACAACAAAAAUUUCUACUUUGACAUUGGUCAAAACAACCGCGGCGUUUACAUGCGCAUUUCCGAGGUCAAAACCAACUUCCGGACUUCCAUAACCGUGCCGGAGAAGAGCUGGCAACGGUUUCGGGACAUCCUGAGCGAUUAUUGCGAGAAGAUUAAGCAGCCGACGGGCGGAGCCACCGGGCAACUGCAGGGCGGGGGCGGCGGCGGCGGCGGGAUGCUCUCGCAAGAUCAGCCUCACCCAUUGGUUGGCAAUAAUACCCAACAAGACAGUGGGACGAGUUUAAAGUAGGCUAGUGUGCCCAUUUUAGACUAAAAAUAUUAGAUUUAUUAAUAUAACAAAUUAAAAAAAUUGGAUAGUUGCCGUCGUCGGGUUACCGCCCUUAGUUUGUAUAGCACUCUGAGCUGUGGAGUCUCGGGGACCAACGUCGAGCUAUUAAUUAAUUAGCUUUAGGGUGUUUCGUUAAACUUAACCUCUUUGUUUUUCGAUCUAACGUAGUUGGGCGACCUCAUGUGAUAGGACUCGGUGUUGGUCCCCCCCAAAUAUGGACCUUUCGAGAUGUGAUCACCGAUCGGGGCCCUAAAACGACGACGGUUCGAUUUCGAGACAGUCUCAGAAGUUGGUUUUCGUGCAGUGUUUUAACACGAGAAAAAAAAAACACUAAAUGUUAGAUUCUCUAUUAUAUGUUACGAAGGAAUACUAAAAAAAAGAUUAUUUAUUUUUUGUCGUUUUUAAGUUGUUGCUAUAAUAUAGCGUGUACCAUAUUGGUUAAAUUUUUUCAUCCUUCGAGGAUGCGCCCGGAGCGACAUCGGAACGCGCGCCGAAAUGCGAGGUUAGGUUUUCGAUCUCGCUCGGGGCACGUUGUUUUUUACUUCUCAAAGGUUAAGAGGGCACCACAUUGUUUUCUUUUUUGUGAUUAUAUUAAAUAUUAUAUGAAAUGGCGUCGCCGGCAGCCAAGCUGUCGUCCCGCGGGACGCCGCCGCUCUGUGAUUUUUCUAUUGUCUUUGUAAAGAAAAAAAAAUUAACGGGAAAACCUUUACACGGUUUAUUAUAUUUUUAUUAUAUUUAUUUAUUCGUUUUAUUUUUGUGACUUAUUGUUCUUGGGUUUCUGUUCACUUUUUUUUCUCCGGUUUUUGACGAUAACAUUCGCCGGACGGUGUUUCUGUUUUUUCGGUAAGAUUCUCUUAAAAUGUUGACAAUGUAUAGCUAUACCGGGGGAGACGUGAGAGAUUGAUAAGAUUAUUCUCACUGCCAAAGUUAAGUGCUUUUUUAGUGACAAUAUUUGCUUUCUUUUUUUUUUGUUUCGUUCGUAGGGCACCUUGUCAUACUUUCGAUUGCGACCGGUUGAAAUUAUAGUAAACUAUUUAUUUUAGUGAUCCGAGAUAAUGUCUGCGGUCUGAUUUGUUCCUCAUACCAAGGCGUGGUAAAAAUAAAAUUUGACGAUUAUGAAAAUUUCGUGUGUAUAUACACUUCUUUAAUUUGUUGUGUAUAAAAGUUCACGGUAACGAUAGUUGUUUUUUUGUGAUAUAGUUACGCUCAUAUUUUGCUCCGUCCUGGCAUGCUUCAUACCAGGAAACUGGUUUUCACUAAGGAUUACUUUGGCCAUUAGGCUAAGUUUGCUUUUAACGAGUUGAAAUUGAGCUACGAUUUCCGCUAUCGAUGACAUAUCAAAAAGUUUUAAGUUCAAAAGAUCUCAAGUUGUUUGUCCAUUGUCAAUAGAAAUAUUUUUUCUAAAGAUUCGAGAAAUUGGUUGACUUUAGCAACCAAUUAGCAACCAAAGGUUCAAUGUUCACAUAGGCAUGUUUCAGAUCUGAAUACUAUUGGCUAUUAGUAUAUUACGACCCGUUAUUCUGGAAGGUUUUACUCUAAUCGUAACGAUUAGAAAACCGACCGUGUCCCUUCUCAUCCCUUAUUAAGGUUCGAUGAAAUGAUGCAGACAUUAAGAGCAAGUCGUUUGGGAACUGGAGUCAUCUUUCGUAGUGUAGAAUAAAAUCGAGUUUGUUAAACAGAACUGAUUUUCAACAAUUUGUCAGCUGACGAUCGCAGGUCGCCAGCAAUGGGCAAAAUAUGAGCGGGCGUGUGAUGUAUUACGAUUAACAUUGGUAAUUUCAACUUGUUAACUAUGUGUGUAUUGAAGCUGUUACACGGAAUUUGAGGUGGUGCCCCGCCCCACACAGUUUACGUAUGAACUUACAACUCUUGGUUGAUUUAAACGAUGACGGGUCUGUUUUUCGAUUCGUUUUAAAAUAAGUGAAGCAAACCAAAAACUACACUAAAAAUUGUGAUUAGUAAAUUUCUAACUGCGUACCAUUGUGCUAUUUCAUAUAUAUUUUUGUUUCGGGUCGUACGAGAAAAAAAAAGUGUUACACACACAUUUUUGCGUUGUUUCGAAUUUUUAUAAAUAUGUAUAAAAAAUUGCGUUAUGCCUUUAGAGAUGUUUAUUUUCCGUAGACUAGUCAGUUUUCGAAUAAGGGUUUGGCGGAUAAUUAAUUUGCGUUUAAAAUUUUGCUCGCUUGCAACGUCGACGGCGGUGUUGAGGCGGGAAAUUGUAUUGUGUCCGGGCAGGCUUUCAGUUUCGAUGAGUAUAAAUCAUAAGAAAACUAAUAAUAAUGAGGGUAAAUAUCGGAACCGCAUCCGCCAGCGCCACCGCGAUCCCCUGGACCAACCAAUUUUCUGGUGGCGGGAAAUUUCAAUAAGGACGGUUGUAUUACAGUUAUAGAGAAAAGUAAUAAAAAUGCGAUAUUUUCUAAUUAACAUCGCUUUGUUUGAAAGAUAAAAAAUAUAAAAUUUAAAAAAAAACAAAAUCCUAAUUUGGACUUAAAAUUUCUUCAUAAAGUUGGUUCACGAAUACAUUUGAGGAAACCUUAACAUAUUAUAAUUAGCGUCAUACAAAAAAAAUUGUUAAUUUAUUUUUAAAAAUUCGACCCUUAAAGUGUUUACUUUAAGCUUUUGGUACAAACAAGGAAAUAGUGGACUCUAUGAUUAGAGUUAUUACCACAUCUUCUGCACUUACUGCUUCUCUAAAAAUUUUUUCAUUGUCUGAGCUUUCAUAUGUUUAGCUAAAUAAGGACUAUUAUGACCAAACAACAAAAACACCCAAACAACCUUUAAAUACUAUGAGUUCGUAGAAUUGUUUAGUGACAAGCUCGUUUUGAGUGUCCUUGUCAAAGGUUUAUUAGGCAUUUUAUUUAAAUAUAAUAACUUCGCUGACAAUUAAUCUACCUUUAUUUGGAGUUUCGAUUCACUUUCCCUCACACGUAAAAAAUUAGUAUAUGUACAAGAAAACGAUAAUAAAUAAAAUUAACUUUGUUUUCUUCUUCUAUCCCAGCUAGCCAGAUAAAGACGGAGAGUCAUGCGUUAGUCGUAACUCGAUUUGUUCAAAUUCGGGACGUCUGAGACCUCGCUCUCUUUUUAUUGGUUUUCUUUAUGGUAUAAAUAUAAAACAUAAUUCGUACCUCGUUUGUGUUAAUUAUGAGAACCCCCGACGGCAACGGCGACGUUACGUGUUUCUCCUCCUUAAUGAUCGUACAAAAAAAAAACAAAGUACAACAACGCACGUGACGUCACGUUGUCGCCGGUCGUUUCCAUGUGUCGCCCCGCGAUUUUGCAAGCGUUGAAACUUGCGGAAAAAGAAAUACAGAACUAUAAUAACAAAGAUUAUUUAAAAUUGAAAAAUAGCUUUCUAGAAAUUAUAUACGAUAUGAUAUAUAUUAAUUUGAACCGUCCGGGAUUCGCCCAGGAAUUAAUUCAGUUAUGCACCGAUUAACCUUUAGGCAGUGUACGGGAGUGGAUACACACACCCUAACGAUUCGACACCGCCCCGUACGCGUUUCCGUUUUCACCGUCCCGGGGGCGGAUUCCGGACCUUUUCCACGGAUACACAUCCGAACUUUUAAAAGUACGAAUAGAUGCCAUCCAGAGGGUUUCUUUGGUUUGUCGGUUUCCGUUCCACGAAUCAUUUUGGAUUUGUACUUUUGAAAAGUUUCUACAUUUCAAGAAUUAUAUUUAAAGUAAGAUUGUAGAAUUCUACUUAUGUUUAUGGGAUGAACAUAUUUAGAACAUGGCUGUAAUUGUGAUGUGGCCGGUGUAACGGCUUCAGAACGGGGCGUGUCAAGACUUGAAGUCGGCAAAAAUGCGACUAAAGGUGAUGCGAAAACCUUCCAGAGAAACUUAAUGUUACAGUGUCCAUUUCUAUUAAGCAGAUCUUAAACGUGUACAGCUUGUUUUAUUACUAAUUGAACGUAGGUUAACUGGAUAAAAAAAUAAUUGUAAAAUGUAGUCUCGCAUCUCUUUGACAUAACAAUCUGCGUUCAGUAAAAACUAGAAAAGCAUACAAAUCAAAGGCAAUCGACAAUCGAAAAACUACUUAAAUGGUUUUCGAGAAAUACAAUUUUUUCCUUAUUGUUUUUAAUUGAAAACAGAUUGAGUACAUGGUACAAAUAUAUUAAAAGUUUUUGAGGGAGAAAAAGGCAAAAUGUUCGAUGUUGAGGUUAUGUCAUGAUUUCUGCUCUGGAACCGGCUUUGCACAUCUAUUAUUGUGAUAUCGCCAUUCACACAACUUGAAUUAACCAAAACCGCUUGAUUUUUAAAGUGAUAACUUAAAAAAAUGUAAAAUGGUAAAAAAAUGGAAAUUCGACUCUUUGAACACUCCAAAAGCCAUAAUUUUUAAUGAAAUAUUUGGAUAUGAAAUAUGUUCAGUUUUUUGAAAGGUUGUUAAUUGGUGCCAAAGUUACAUGAAGAAGUUUUGUCUAAAUCAACAAUCCAAUAAGAUCCACGAACUAUUUUGCAAUUUUUCCACUUUCCCGUUUUAUGGGUCAACAAGACAGAGAAUGAUCCUCAAGCAGGCCUAGAAUUACUAAUCGCGACAGCGUACGCCACUGCCUGAAAGCGCGUCAGCCACAUCACCGUGUAUAAUAGAUUAAGUAAAAAGUGUUUGAUUAAGGGACUUUAUUGGUAAAAAAAAUAGAUGUUAAUACUAGUUAGAGGCAGAGAAGCUGCAAUUUUGCAUUUAUAACAACGUCCUCACAGUUUCUUUCGAUUCUUCUUACCUUCGGGAGUUUUAUUUUUUAGCAUGCGGUCCCGUGAUUGGCAAAUAGGGUUGAAUGAUAUAUAUUUUUUUAAAUGUAGGUUAGCUUGUCAGUAUUAUUUGCGUUAUUGUUUUGCGUAAAGUUUCCUCAAUCGGGAUGUUGUUAUAAACGAAAAUUUUACCAGAAAAAUUUGGUGUUUUAUGAGUUAAACUAACGUUUCAAGAAAAAUGAAGAGCAAAAAAUGGGGAAACUCACCUACUUAGUUUAAUUUCGAUAAGAAAAUUAAAAAUGAAUCACAUUCACGAAAUUAUCGAGACCGUUCGGACUUGCUGAAACACACUUAUUAUUUAUACAUUAAAAUGUUUUUUAAAACAUUUUGUCGGUUAC